UAACCCUCCCCUUCGGCAUUCAUCCUUUUGCUACUACUGUCAUGGCUGCGGUCGCUCUCGUACAAGGAGCGAGCAGAGGGCUCGGUUUAGAGUUUUGCAAACAUGUUUUGACACAUAAAGCUCCCGCGGCAGUGGUGGCAACAUGCAGAAAUCCGGAGGGCGCAACGGCUCUUGCGUCCUUGGCCGCACAGUACCCGGGACGAGUCACUGUUUUAAAAGUGGAUGCCACACAGGAAGAUGACAUCAAAGGCGCGGCUGAAGUGGUCAAGAAAUCAUUUGGAAAAGUGGACUUGAUCAUCAAUGCUGCCGCGAUGCUGCAUCCCACUGGGAAAGGAGAGACGAGUUUACGGGAUGUAUCUGCUACGGGGACUGUCUCCACACUGAUCACGAAUACUGUGGGACCUCUGGUUAUGGCCAAGUAUUUUGCUCCUUUGCUGCAGAAGGGGAGCGGAGCCUUUGGUCAGCAGCCUCCAGAGAAAUCCAAACAGCACAGUGGCAUCAUAGUCAAUAUGACAGCAAAAGUGGGAUCAAUUGGGGACAAUGCACUGGGAGGUUGGUACAGCUACAGGAUGUCCAAGGCUGCGUUGAACAUGGCCACCAGGAACCUGGCCAUCGAGCUGAGCCGAGGGCGACCCAAGGUGCUGUGCGUGUCCCUGCACCCCGGCACGCUGGACACCGACCUCUCGCGGCCUUACCACCGGAACGUGCCAAAAGACAAACUCUUCUCCACAGAGUUCUCCGUGCAACACCUCAUGGCUAUCAUAGAUGGCCUCAACAUUGAGAAAUCUGGCAAGGCGUAUGCCUGGGAUGGCUCCGAGAUACCUUGGUGAUGAUAAACUGAGACACAAAUUAUACUCUACUCUCUACUCUACUUGCAAACGUCUGGAAUUUCCUGACAGGGUUCACUGUUGUUGAGAGACCUUUGAACUUCCAGGAACUCUGACUCUGCUAUCAAAUAGUACGAAAUUGUUUUGUGUACAAAACUUGUGGGAAUAAUGUGUUGUGUUGAAGAAAUGUCAGACUUCUUGGCAUGUCAGAACAGAUAAUCUUCAUGUCUGUUGUAGACACAACAAUAUACAGACAAAAGUGUUAAAGCUGUGAAAGAGAAGAAAAAUCUUCAUCGUUGACGCAACAGAGUUAACCUUGAGAAAUAAUACUACAUGGGAUGUAACACUGUCACAGCCAAGUUCACUGCCAAAGCAGUGCGUAAAGCAAACACACUUGACAGCUCAUUUGACAUUAUCAAUGAAUAAAAUGUUCUUACAGAUAAAAGCGAAUAUGUCAAAAGGGAA